AUGGCGAAAGCGAAGGCUCAGAAAGGUGCUCCUGGCGCAGCGCAGAGCCAUCUCCGUGCAAGAAUAUCAUAUUUGCACCAAGCCGCGCUCUUAUUCCAGUCCGCUCACCCACCUCCAACAAGCAAUACCGACAGAACAGCGACGAGCGCCAGUGUUGGAAACGAAUCGGUUGAACAGCAAUAUGAAGGGGAAAGUGGGAUCCAGGGUCUAGAUCAGCCUGGUGGCAUUGGAUGCUCAUCGUAUCUGGCCCGCCGCACAGAGGGUUAUUGCGAACGCUUAGAUGUGGAGGUGGAAUCGGCGGUCGAGAUGCGGCGGUUUUUCGAGCACAUAAUACCCCCGAUUCGCCCAUCGUCCGCCAUACCUAAGCCUCCAUAG